GGCUCCAACAACAACAUUUCCCUUUUCCCUUAUUUUUCUCUCAUGUUCUCGCAUUCAUCACUUUUUCCUUCAUUCAUAAAUACUCAUAAUUAUAAGAAAGUGUGGUGAAUGAAAUCAUCAUGGGAUUAAAAGAAUUGUUCAAUAGGAAGAAGAAACAGAUGGUCGCCCUUGCGGUCGGAUCUGAUUCUGCGCACGACACACCACCCAUAAUUAACUCCAGAUCACCAUCCUUCGACUCGCGUGUCCAGAUGGAGCAGGAGCUGGAACAGGUUUUCAAGAAGUUCGACGUGAAUGGCGAUGGCAAGAUCUCGGCCCUGGAGUUGGGAUCGAUCAUGGGCAGCCUCGGCCAUUCGGCGACGGAGGAGGAGCUUAGAACCAUGAUCCAGGGGGUGGAUUCGGACGGGGACGGCCACAUAGAUCUCCAGGAAUUCAUCGAACUCAACACCAAAGAUGUGGACUACGAUGAGGUUUUGCAGAAUCUGAAAGACGCUUUCCAGGUGUUUGAUAUUGACAAGAAUGGAUCCAUAUCGGCAGAGGAAUUGCAAGAUGUGCUGCAGAACCUGGGAGAGGAAUGCACAUUGGCGGAGUGCAGGAAGAUGAUAAGUGGGGUGGAUACCGAUGGCAAUGGAGCAAUCAGUUUUGAUGAGUUUAAGGUCAUGAUGAUGAUGGGAUCACGUUUCGAUGCUAUGGAACCCAACAAGACUACUGCUUGAUUAUUAUUAGUAUUAUUAUUUCUCAAUUAAUCUGCGUUAAUUUGUAAAUUCUCGACUACAUUGCUUUAUACUUACUUAUGCACAUUAAUUAAGUAAUCUUCUUGUCUGUGAGUUUAAUUGUUCAUAGGUUGGCCAUUGUUACAAGAUUAAUGGCAUUAAUGAGUUCGUUCAUGUGAUACAA